ACCUAUUUUUCAGCGUAACAAGUGAAAAAAUUAUUCGUAUUUUUAAAGCCACCCUAAUAUUUAUAAAUAUUUAUGAUUUGCAAACAGACGGGAAUUGGGCAACACUGUAUCAGAUUUUGUGUUUUUUGUCCAGUGAUAUAAUGUAUAUACUGUUAUAACGGGUGAUUUUUUUGAGGUUAGGAUUUUCAUGCAUUAGUAUUUGACAGAUCACGUGGGAUUUCAGACAUGGUGUCAAAAAGAAAGAUGCUCAGUAUGCUUUGACAUUUCAUCAUGAAUAGACUUACUAACGAGCAACGCUUGCAAAUCAUUGAAUUUUAUUACCAAAAUCAGUGUUCGGUUCGAAAUGUGUUUCGCGCUUUACGUCCGAUUUAUGGUCUACAUAAUCGACCAAGUGAGCAAACAAUUAAUGCGAUUGUGACCAAGUUUCGCACUCAGUUUACUUUAUUGGACAUUAAACCAACCACACGAAUGCGUACAGUGCGUACAGAAGAGAAUAUUGCGUCUGUUUCUGAGAGUGUGGCUGAAGACCGUGAAAUGUCGAUUCGUCGCCGUUCGCAGCAAUUGGGUUUGUGUUAUUCGACCACAUGGAAGAUUUUACGCAAAGAUCUUGGUGUAAAACCGUAUAAAAUACAGCUCGUGCAAGAACUGAAGCCGAACGAUCUGCCACAACGUCGAAUUUUCAGUGAAUGGGCCCUAGAAAAGUUGGCAGAAAAUCCGCUUUUUUAUCGACAAAUUUUGUUCAGCGAUGAGGCUCAUUUCUGGUUGAAUGGCUACGUAAAUAAGCAAAAUUGCCGCGUUUGGGGUGAAGAGCAACCAGAAGCCGUUCAAGAACUGCCCAUGCAUCCCGAAAAAUGCACUGUUUGGUGUGGUUUGUACGCUGGUGGAAUCAUUGGACCGUAUUUUUUCAAAGAUGCUGUUGGACGCAACGUUACGGUGAAUGGCGAUCGCUAUCGUUCGAUGCUAACAAACUUUUUGUUGCCAAAAAUGGAAGAACUGAACUUGGUUGACAUGUGGUUUCAACAAGAUGGCGCUACAUGCCACACAGCUCGCGAUUCUAUGGCCAUUUUGAGGGAAAACUUCGGACAACAAUUCAUCUCAAGAAAUGGACCCGUAAGUUGGCCACCAAGAUCAUGCGAUUUAACGCCUUUAGACUAUUUUUUGUGGGGCUACGUCAAGUCUAAAGUCUACAGAAAUAAGCCAGCAACUAUUCCAGCUUUGGAAGACAACAUUUCCGAAGAAAUUCGGGCUAUUCCGGCCGAAAUGCUCGAAAAAGUUGCCCAAAAUUGGACUUUCCGAAUGGACCACCUAAGACGCAGCCGCGGUCAACAUUUAAAUGAAAUUAUCUUCAAAAAGUAAAUGUCAUGAACCAAUCUAACGUUUCAAAUAAAGAACCGAUGAGAUUUUGCAAAUUUUAUGCGUUUUUUUUUUUUUUAAAAAAUUAUCAAGCUCUUAAAAAAUCACCCUUUAUUAUACAGAGAAGGCAUCAGAUGGAAUUCAAAAUGGCGUUAUAUUGGAAUAAG